CGCUGGAGCAGGGCUGGGCUAGACGGGCGCGCUCUCGGGGGCGGGGGGGCAGUCCCGGUCCUGGCCUUCCGCGCGGGUGGGCUCGGAGCAGGCCGCGCCGGGCAGCAACCCCACUCUCACCCCGGAGGCCCCCUGCCCUUUCUCCCCCUUUCCCCCCGGCCCAUGGUGCGAGGCUGGGAGCCGCCGCCCGGGCUGGACUGCGUUUGGAGCCUUCUAGACUGCCUGCGAAAUGGAGGAUAGGAGAAACGUUUCCUUCCCAGGCCUCCCCUCCUCCUCUCCAUGACUGCCUCCUGGCGACUUCAACACACGUACAGAAACCUGGCCUUAUUCCUGGGGUGCAUGGCCUUUGGGAAUGAAAGAUUUGAGAGAAACUGCCCCUUCUCACCCCUACGCAGCCAUACUCAGAAAACCAACCAGAAAAGUGAGAACCUGAGUCCUCAGAGGUUCCUGGUGUUGCCAGUCUCUCUAAUCAGAGACUUCUAAACUGAAAGAAGACUCAAGCUGAGACCUAUUUGCUAUCUCUGAAGGGCACAAAUCAGAAAGCACCAUGCCUCCUAAUAAAGAGGCCAGCAGUCUUAAUAGCUGCCCUGCGGGCCUCAUCUGCCUCCCUCCAAUCUCUGAGGAGCUACAGCUUGUGUGGACCCAAGCAGCCCAGACCAGUGAGCUGGACAGCAAUGAACACUUGCUCCAAACCUUCAGCUACUUCCCCUAUCCCAGUUUAGCAGACAUUGCCCUUCUUUGCCUACGCUAUGGGCUGCAGAUGGAGAAAGUCAAGACUUGGUUCAUGGCCCAGCGCCUUCGCUGUGGCAUUAGUUGGUCAUCUGAAGAAAUUGAAGAGACUCGAGCCCGAGUAGUCUACCAUCGGGACCAACUCCAUUUCAAAUCCCUUCUCUCUUUUACUCAUCAUGCAGGGCGGCCCCCAGAGGAAGUGCCUCCUUCUCCUGUGCCACCUCCGGAACAAGUUGGUCUUGGAAUAGUGCCCCUGACUCUUAGUGAGCCCACCCAGAUGAAAGGAUUGAAGGUAGAGCCUGAGGAGCCACUGAGUCACCAGAAAGCAAAGGAGCCCCUGAUGGUGCCUGGCAGUGGGGCAUUCCCCCACCAAUCGCAAUUUUGGCAGGAUCAUCAAUGCAGUGGCCUCUCUAAGGAGCAGGCAGGCAGGGGUCCCGACCAGUCACACAGCCUAGGUACUGCUUCCUGGAACCACUCCACAGCUGUCCAGCAGCCCCAUGCUCGGGAUAAGCCCCCACCCAUCUCAUUACUUGCCAGUAGUUGUAAGAAGGAGUCAGCAUCUAAUGUGACUCCUCCUUCCUCUACCUCUUCUUCCUCUUGCCAGGGACUGGCUAAUGGAGCUCCUGCCUCCUCUAAGCCCCUGCAGCCACUGGGCUGUGCCUCACAACCACUGUCACCCCAUGAACAGGCACUCCCCCCACAGCUGGAGCCAGCCUGGCCCCAGGGGCUGAGGCAUAACUCAGCAUCAGGUAGGGUUGGCCCUGCAGAAUAUCUUUCCCCAGACAUGCAGCGCCAGCGAAAGACCAAGCGCAAAACCAAAGAGCAGUUGGCUAUCCUCAAAUCGUUCUUUCUACAGUGCCAGUGGGCACGGCGUGAGGAUUACCAUAAAUUAGAGCAGAUCACUGGUUUACCUCGGCCUGAGAUUAUUCAGUGGUUUGGUGACACACGCUAUGCCUUGAAGCAUGGGCAACUGAAAUGGUUUCGGGACAAUGCAGUACCUGGUGCCCCUAGCUUCCAGGAUCCAGCAGUUCCCACACCACCUUCAACCCGCUCCUUGAAUGAAUGGGCUGAGACACCACCUCUGCCAAAUCCCCCGCCCCCACCGGAUAUACGACCCCUGGAGAGGUACUGGGCAACCCACCAACAGCUCCGGGAAAGUGAUAUCCCUCAACUGAGUCAGGCAUCAAGGCUUAGCACCCAGCAGGUACUGGAUUGGUUUGACUCUCGAUUACCUGAGCCAGCUGAAGUGGUGGUCUGUCUAGAUGAAGAGGAGGAAGAGGAGGAGGAGGAACUGCCAGAAGAUGAUGAGGAUGAAGAGGAGGAGGAGGAGGAUGACGAUGAUGACGAUGAUGUGAUCAUCCAGGACUGAGUGGGAGGCUGGGGGAGGGGAGGUCUGUUACUAAAAGACAAACCAACUUAGUAACUGUUUAAACAAAGAAACCACAUUUUUUUUUUAACUUACCUUGUGGCAAAGAACUGAAAAGCUUUGUGUUCUUGAGUGUGGGGGACAGGGAUACAAUAAGGGUAGACCAGAAAGGAUGACCAUGGAGUACAGAAUGAAGUGGGGAUCGGAUGGGCAGAAAUCUAGGCCUCCAGUCUCAAUGAGGAGCUUGCUACGAGUCUGGGAAAAGGCUCUUGCUCUUCUCAUAUCCCUGUUCUUUCCCCUUACUGUUCUACAAAGAGGCGAGGCUUUGGCCCAUGGCCAUGGAGUUCUGGAAAGGAGUAAAGUUUCUAGUAUGACCCCAGUCCCAGCAUUUUCCCUGAAUAUAAGGCUGCCUUGCACCCCAUUUCUCUCUGAGCACAAGUUCAUGCAUAAUGCAGCUAAGAAUCUCAGUUAUGUCCCAGUCAAUCACAAAUACUUCCUCUCCUCAUACCAGCUUGACUUUAUAUGUUUUCCUGCUGCUUUAUUGAAUCACACAGGGAGCAGAAUGUUUUCAUUUCAGAUACUGGGACCACUAUGCCUUGUACCUUUCCAAAAAUCCCCAUUCUGUUCACUGUUUGUCUCAGGGUAAAUCUUCCCCCCGGAGCUUGUGAAAAAGUUUAAUAAUUGGGUGGAGAAUAAUUUAGACUGGAUAUUUAUUGGAGGUGGGAAUUAGGGGAGAUGUCCUUUUAAAAAAGUAGAAUUAUAGAUUACAGAGGGGUAGAGGAGAGGGAAUGGUAUCUGCUGUUCAGAAGGACAGUACAGAUAGAUUCCAGGUUUGGUUUUACAAACCUGACACUCCCUCCUGCCUAGUCUGACAGAAACUGGUUUUUUAAUCUUUUUGGUGUUGGUUUAAUUUGUGUCCAGAAAAGAGACUUUACCCCCUGUUUAUAAUAUCUGUCUUGGGGACAGAAGUCCUUAUGUUUUAGAGUGGUUUUCAUCAGUUGGGGUCAGAUAUAAAGAUAUCGGUGGGUUAACCAUCUAGAAAUAAAAGAGUGGAAGCCCCAAAUUGCUAGACUAAUAAUAAAAAGGCCAAAAAUAAAAUUGUUUCUCUCUCCACUUCGCCACUUCUCUGGUUUAAAGAUUAAUGGAACCAAAUCCAUCCACUUUCUGAUUUAGCAUACUUUUUAUUUUCAAAGCAACAGGAUAUACUGAGGUAAAGUAUAUGAACAAAACUUGAAAUAGAUCAGUACCUAUUACUAGGCAGAUUGCUUUCUGCACCUGCUACAGCGUAGGCUCUCUCUCAGAAGAGGGGAAGUCUAGAAAUGCCUUUAAAAAUAAGUUCAGUUUCAGAAAGGGUAAUGGGAUCCUAUUCAGCUACAAGGUCAUUCCUAAGACCUAAUUUAUCUCUAGCGGAUGCUAUCUUCAGUUUUCCAAUAUUUUCACUUAAGGUAUACCUGCCUAUGGCAGGUUAAUCCUUCAUUUCUACCCCUUAAUACCCAAAGAAGAAUAAAUGUUUGAUCUCAGUGGUAGUGUUCUCUGCUUAUCCCACCAUUUGAGAGUUUAUGACGUCAACGGAGUUAGAGUAGCAAUAAAAGGGCAUCCCCUUUGUUUCAUUAUCUGUAUACUUUAGUAGGGCUUCAAGCCUGUGUCUCCAACUGUUACCAAACAGAAAGAAAGGAAAAUCAACAUAUUUAACAGGAUCUAGGUACAGA